AUGGAUGAAAAAGAAUCCUUUUGUGGCAAGGAAGCGUGUAAAUGCUGUGAAAGUGCCGUACGUGCAAAGAAAACUGCCGAAUCCGAAUUGCUGAAAUUACAAAACGAUUGCGAGGCUUAUAAAAAGGAGUUAUCAGAGAAGGCAGAAACCUUAGAGGAAAAUUCAAAAGAUAUAAAUAUGUGGAUGGAUAAGUACAAUGAUAUGGGCGGUCUCGCAGAAAAACUCGAACAAAAACUUGAUGGACUUAAUUCGAAAUACGUGAAAAGUGUUGCUUUGAUCGAUCAAUAUAAAGAAAAAUUGACAUCUCUUCGAUCGAUAUUGAAGGAAAAAGCGACAAACGACCCGAUUAUUGAAGAUCUCUUGAAAUCUCCAGAAAUCAAAAAACGCGUGGCUCAAAUGAAAUUCGACACAGCGCCCAUCGACGAUCCCAAAAUUUGGCCAAAACAAAUCGAUAAGCCUAAUCCUGGUAACAAUAAUUCAUUUUCCAUGUUCAAAUCAUUUGAAAAUUGCAGAUUUACCCGACCGUGGAGUUUUGGAUCCUCGAAUUGUGCACUCCAAAUCUAUCCCAGCACCAUAUGCUCAUGACGCUGCAAAACAAAGUAGUAAGGGAUUUUUGACGAAAUUUUUUUAUUUUUUGUUUCUACCCAAAAAGAUGGAUUUUUGAAUUUUUACUAACCGAAAUUUUAGUCCUUCCAGCAACAUCGCUUUUACGUCGAUCAUCCAGAAAUUUGUCUGCCGCCAGCCCAAGCAAUUCUGCUCGAAAUGUGGAACCAGCUGCAACGUAAGAUUUUGGAAUCUGAGAAUUUCAAGAUUAUCACUCAAAUCGAACAUUUUCAGCACAGUUCACAGUCGAAAAGGCAAAAUGGUCCAAGAACAACAAGCAGAAGAUUUGAAAAACAUUAAGAAGGUGGCAAAAAUGCGUGGAGAAGAGAAUUCGGAAGUUGUGGAAAAAGCAGGAAUUUCGGAGAAAACUGGAGAAAAAGAGGUGAGUUUUUAGCGGUUUUAUUCAGUUUUUACUGGAAUUUGGCUAUUUUCGGUGGUAAUAAUCUAUCAUUUUACAGCCAACUCGACAUGUCGGCGCAUGUCUAUCGGAAAGAGUCAAAUUGACAAGAAGAAUGUGUUCCAGAAAAUCAGAAGAUUUGGAAAUCUCGGCAACGGUGCAGCCAUCUUUUUCUGGUCCAUCAACAAGAUCUCGAAGUUUGUCAACGUUUCCAGCACCGAAAAACGUGCCACAGGUAAAAUAUAAAUUUUGAGCUAAAAUUCUUUUCACCCAAAUUUUCAGAAUUCUGGACAAUCAACAAGAUCUAGAAGUCGUUCGGUUUCUAGUCGAAAAUCAGAUGAAAAAAAUGUAGAAGGUGGAAGAAGACGAAGACCAAUUGAAGAGGUGAAUUUGUUUCGAAAUUUCAAUUUCCACCCCGAGAUUCAUCUGAAAUUCCAAAUUUCUUUUUUUUUUAAUUUUUUUCCAGACAAUUUCGACACCACAGCAAACAGUUCCAGUCAGAAGAUCAACUAGAAUCAAGAAAAUUGUGGAUAAAAUUCCAGAAGAAACUCGAAGUUUGAAAAUUGAUGAGGUAUAUUUUUGAAAAGUUUUCCCAUUGAAAAACAUGAUUCAAUUUCGAUUUUUUUUGAGAAUCGAAACUUCGUAAACCCUUUAAAUUUCUCAAUUGUUUCCAGAAAAAACCAGUGAGAUCUCGUUCUAUUUCAGUAAAACCGAAACCUGUUUUGGUGAGUUUUGCCCUGAUUUUUUCAGCCCAAAACCCAACAAUCUAUUUUUCAGCCUGCACCACCAACUCGAGUUCGAGGAGUUUCAACAAUGCCAACACUUAGAAGAAGUUCUAGAAAGUCUGUGGGCCAGGUUGGUUUUUUGGCUAAAAAUUUAGAAAAGUAGAAAAUUUGUCAUUUUCAAUCUGAAUAUUUAUGAAAAUCGAAUGUUUUCAGCCACUUCCAUCAAUUUCGCCACCCAAAAAAUCAUCUGAGAGUCUGGAAUUCGCUGAAAAUUCAGAUCAAAUCCCACCAGCACGAAAACAAACUCAGUCAGAAUCUGUGAAAUGUGAUGAGCAAGAAGUAGUUAAGGUGAGAAUAAAACACUGAAGUUUUCUCUCUGAAAUUCGAUUUUGCAGAUCACUGAAAAUCUGCCAAGCACCUCUACCUGCUCUGUCAUUUCAUCGGCUGAAAUUCCAUUCCCAGACGACUUUUUGGAGCAAAGUGAUGAUGAGGAAUUGAAAAUUGUAGAGGAAAUUGAGGAAAAAUCACCGAAAGCAGUGGGAAAACUUGCGGCGAAUUUCGAAGAACUCGGAUUAGAUAUCAGUGACAGCGAUGAAGAACCAGAACAACCACGAGCUUCGUCCACAAUUUUCAAUAGAAAAUCAGAGACAAAAAGAACUGCAAUUCUGAUCGAUAUUCCGCUGAAAAAAGGAGGAAAAGGAACAAAAAGAGUCGCGAAACCAGAAUUAUCUGAAAAUCGGAAAAAAUUGCGGAAAAAUCAGCGAGAAAACGGAAAAACCAAUUUGAGAUUGGCAUUUGAUUUGAAAUUGCCCGUUGAACAAUUGCCACAGAUUUUGGAAGAAAAAGGUGUGAAGUUGGAAAAUGGAUGUAUUUUGAUGGAAAUCGAGGAAGCGGUUGAUGUUAUGAUUGAAUAUUUGAAAAAGAGCCAACACGCUGAAAUGUGGGGAUUGUUAUUGAAGCAAAAGAAAGAGCAAAAGACGGAGGUGUUAAUCAAUAAAGAGGAAGAGGUCUUUUUGAAUGUGGCCGCGACUUUUAUUCAGGACGAUGGUAGAUUGCUUUGUGAGUGGAUUUUUGGGAAAAGGAGGGAAUUUGGAGCAUUUUGAGCUCAAACACGGAGUCUUUAUCAAUAAUAUUUUUUCAGUGGAAUUCGCCAAGCGAAUAAUCUACGAAUUCACAAUAAUGAAUUCAACAUCAACGUGUUCUCGAAUAUCCGCCAGUUUUGCCCGACUUUUCUGUCAUUCAAUCUAUUUCGCCGAACAAUCACUCGAAACCCCCGAAGAUCUCGAAGAAAUCGCAAUUCUGCCCCAAAAAUUGCUUUCGGUCAUAUUUUUGCGACACGAACAACAAGCCGGACGACUUUUUGGCCUAUUUUUUGAAUUCGAGAAUUGGCCAAAAAUUCGCGGAUUUGCUGAAGAAUCAUUUAUCGAUCGAUUAUCGAUUGAUUUUGUGGAAAAAUGA